AUGCUAGGAGAUCCAUCGGUGCGAUUGCGAGAAGCCGUUAUAGAGGGGAAUUUACUGAUUGUCAAGAGGCUUUUAAGACGAUUUCCCUGUUACUUGACCAAUAUCGAUCCAACCAAUGGUUGGACUUCACUACAUUAUGCUUCAUAUCACGGUCGAUAUUUGAUAUGUGUUUAUCUGAUCCAAUUAGGUCAUGACAAGAGAGAAUUAGCGACCACUUUUAAAGGUAAUACUUGCGUUCACCUAGCACUAAUGAAUGGCCAUGAGCAAACUACGCAUUUACUUUUACAAUAUUUCCCAGGGUUUAUCGAUCGACCAGGUGAGCAUGGACGUGCUCCUAUUCAUAUCGCGUGUAUGCACGAUCAUUUCCAAUGUCUUAGCUUGCUGAUGGGAGUUGGUGCAAAAUUGGAUAUAACGGACGAUGAUGGUGAUACUCCAUUGCAUGUUUGCCUUGAAUACGGCAGUAUUCAUUGCAUGAAACUACUCCUAAUAGAUGGUGGGAUUGUGAACGAUAAUGCAAGGAACAAUCUCAAUUGGAGACCAAGUGAUGUUGCCGAAACUUUUGAGUUGGCAAAACUUUAUGCGAAAACACUGAAAGAGGCUCAACUUCCUGGAUUACCGAGGAAACCAAGUUAUAAUUCAUUUAGGACACCCGUCUUGACAUCAAAAUCAGUAUUUGACGACGGUCCCUCGCCAGUGUUGACAAUGAAUUCGCCUUACUCGAUAUACGCACAGACAGCCCCUAUACCACAAUUGCCCAGAAUUUCAACAAGUAGACGACCAUCGGCUGCGGUUAGCAUUAAAUCGCCUAUUGCCAACACAUCGUUUCAGUCAAGGUUAGCAUCGAAGGACUCAUCAUUGACCAGUUCAGGCUCUUCUCUAAACAAGAAGGAUACGCGCAAUAGUGUGAUCGACUGGCAACGAACUACGUCUUCAUCUGAAGUAUCACCGGAGAAGAGAGAGCCAGCCAAGAUGGAACUGCCGACUGACGGUGGCAGGCUAACGGGACCUCUUGCGAGAAACGGUUCACCAGUGGAUAGUAGAGAAAAGCCAUCGCCGCAGGAAGGGCGUAAAAGAAGGAUAUCGCUGCUGAACAUCCCAGUAGCCAAAUUACGGCAACAGGAAUCGUAG